AUGAAGUACCCAGGUGGUGAUGAAUUUUUCAACACGCUUAUAUCAAGUUGUCCAAUUCUUGAAGACUUGGUUGUGAAACAAAUCCUCAACGACAAUUUGGCCAUUGUGACUGUUAGAGUGCCUUCUCUAAAGAGGUUAGUCUUGAACCAAGAAGUAAAAAACGUUGUUAAAAGCAUAGCUAAUGGGUUUGUGAUAAACACUCCUGCUUUGGAGUGCAUGAAUAUUGUUGAUUUUUCGACCGGGUGUAACAUUGUUGAGAGUGAUAUGCCUAACAUUGUGAAGGCAAAAGUUGACAUUUUUCAUCCACGAACUGAGCAACUUUUGGGUUCUACAACUUUAGCCAAGUAUCUUCAUCUCUGCUUACCAACCUCAAAGAAUGUGUCGUAUCCUGCUGGUAAUAUCUUCAACCGUCUCGUACAUCUAAGGCUAUGCACAUGUGAGACUGAGUGGAUUAAUCUACUUAUGCGUUUACUCAGAAAUUCCCCUAGUUUACGAGUUCUUGAGAUUGAACAGGUCCAUUACCUUCGAUAUUACCAACCACGACCGUGCUGGAGUGAACCAAGCUCGAUACCUGAAUGUCUUACUCAUAAUCUUGAAACCUUCAAAUGGGAGCAUUAUUAUGGAGCAGAAGAAGAGAAAGAAGUGGCGGCAUUCAUCUUAAGAAGUUCAAUCUGUUUAAAGAAGGCAACUAUCAUCCUUCAUAGGUCUAUUGUCCACGACGAGAAACUUGAGAUGAACAAGGAAUUGUCAUUAUUGCCAAUAUGUUCACCAAUUUGUCAGCUUGCUUUCAGCUGAGGUUAUGGUCAGUUUUAGAUCAGCUAUACUACAACUUAUUAUUUCUUGAAUUUUCAUAAUUAGCUCUUUG